AUGGGGCCCGUGCCAAUUGUUCUCAUCACUGGUAUACUUCUCAUGCCUCAGAAGUCGACAGCUCUUGUAAGCUCACGAGCAAAAAUAGGUGCCAACCGUGGCCUCGGCUUCGCCACCGCCAAAGAGCUUCUCUCCACCACUAACUUCCACAUCAUCGUGGGGAGCCGUCAUUCUUCGAAUGGGAACCUGGCCAUCCAGGCUCUCCGCGCCCUGCCGGGAAUCCAGGGAACAGUGUCGACAGUGACCCUAGACGUGACCUCUGGAACCUCAAUCGAGGCCGCCAGGUCUCAAAUUGAGACAGACUUCGGGCGACUCGACAUCCUUGUCCACAACGCGGGCAUCUAUCAUCUUCCUUCGAAACCGUCAGUUUCGCAUGUCGAUGGCAAGAUACUUGAUUCGACCCUGGAAGCAAAUGUCAAGGGUCCAGCCCGUGUGACGAAAGCAUUUCUUCCCCUUCUCCUGAGGCACAGGCCCUCGACGGAUGUGAGCUCUCCUCCUCGAAUCGUCUUCGUCAGCUCCUCCAUGGGCUCUCUGAGCCACAACAUGAACCGGAACUCUAGUGGAACCCAUGCUAUCGAGUAUCGCAUCAGCAAGACAGCUUUGCAUAUGCUACUGGUCGAGUAUCAUAUGGCGCUGACUGGCGUGACAGUCGUUGGGUCGACCCUGGGUUCUGCGCCACGGAUAUUAUCGGAGACGCGGAAGCGCUGCAAAAGAUGGGGGCAGUGGAGCCUGGCGUAG